GGAGCCGCCUGCCUGCCUGUCAGCCUGCUUGUCUGUCUGUCUGUCUGCGUCCACGCUCGUUGCUCCGGUGUCAUCCGAACCUGCCGCGUUGACGACCUGAUUUUGCAUCUUUUAUUCCAUUUUAUUUUGCAGAGAGCGACGCUGUGAUUUCUGCGCUUCGUCACGUUUUACGCACAGAGCGCGCUUAUUGGAAUGACCGCGUGGAUGACACUCGUGCUGCACACCUUCCACGGGUGGAAAUCACUCAGGAAGAUGAACCGAGCUGGACUCGCUCGGGUUUAUUAGGCCGCGACAUUCAAGAAAAAGAAUCAUUCUAAUCAAAGCCAGGCUUUUCUCGACUUGUCAAGGACUCCAACAUGUCCAGAACGUUGAAGAAGAAGAAACACUGGUCCGGUAAGGUGGUGGAGUGCGCGGUGUCUUGGGGCAACCUGGGCGACUUCGGCUCCAUGGUGGAGGUUCUGGGGGGUGCUGAGGUGGGCCAGUUCCCGCACCUGGGUCAGAUGAAGCUGGACGUGCUGGUGUGUCACGUCGGGAAGCUGCCCUACUACGGCGAUGUGCUGCUGGAGGUGAACGGGACGCCUGUCAGUGGACUUACAAACCGGGACACGCUGGCUGUCAUACGACACUUUCGGGAGCCGGUUCGCUUGAAGACUGUCAAACCCGGCAAAGUAUUGAACACGGACCUGCGCCACUACCUCAGUCUGCAGUUUCAGAAGGGCUCACUGGACCAUAAACUCCAGCAGAUUAUACGGGACAACCUCUACCUGCGCACCAUCCCGUGCACCACCAGGCUUCCUCGGGAGGGAGAGGUGCCUGGCGUUGACUACAACUUCAUCAGCCUGGGCGACUUCCGCAUCCUGGAGGAGAGUGGCCUUCUUCUGGAGAGCGGCACCUAUGAUGGCAACUUCUAUGGGACUCCGAAGCCCCCCGCCGAGCCCAACCUAGUGCAGCCCGACUUGGUGGACCAGGUCCUGUUUGACGAAGACUUUGGCGGCGACGUUCCUCGCAAGCGCACCACCUCGGUCAGCAAGAUGGACCGCAAGGACAGCGCCGUGCCCGAGGAAGAGGACGAUGACGAGAGGCCACCGCUGGUCAACGGCUUGCCUGAGCACAAGGCCGACUGGAGGCGAGCCGUGCCCAGCUACGCCCAGUCCAGCAGCAGCAUGGACUUCCGCACGUGGAGCUCGCUUCCCCGCGACGACAGCCUGGAGCCGCUUCCGCUCAACUGGGAGAUGGCUUACACUGAGACAGGCAUGGUCUACUUCAUCGAUCACAACACCAAGACCACCACGUGGUUGGACCCCCGCUUGGCCAAGAAGGCAAAGCCCCCCGAGAAAUGCGAGGAUGGAGAAUUACCUUACGGCUGGGAGGAAAUUGACGACCCGCAGUACGGCACAUACUAUGUGGACCACAUAAAUCAGAAAACCCAGUUUGAGAACCCGGUCCUGGAGGCCAAGAAGAGGCUCAGCCAGGGGACAGCCACCAUCAAGAAGGCUGCGACAUCUCAUGGAAAUGAAGUUCAGUCCAUUAUGAGGACACCAAGAGGAAGUCAGGAAUUCCGAUGUGUGUCUGCAGGAAAGAGCGGCGUGCCUGGCUUCACCGCAGACCCCAACCAGCUGAAAGGCGACAUGUACCGCACGGCGCUGAAGAAGAGCUCGCAGGGAUUCGGCUUCACCAUCAUCGGGGGUGACCGCACCGACGAGUUUCUGCAAGUGAAAAAUGUCUUCAGUGACGGCCCAGCCGCCCAAGACAACAAAAUGGCAUCCGGUGAUGUGAUCGUGGAGAUUAAUGGAUUGUGCGUUCUGGGGAAGACCCAUCCGGAGGUGGUGCAGAUGUUCCAGUCCAUUCCCGUCAACCAGUACGUGGAUAUGGUACUCUGUCGCGGCUACGCACUUCCCCCGGACGUGAAUUUGGACAGCGACGAGCCUCUGCCGCCGCCGCCCACUCCGGCCAACCAGGCGUUGCACGGCGGCGAGGUGGUGACGGCCGUGCCGCUCAUCAACGGCCAGCCACUUUUGGUCAAAGGCGACGUCCUGCACGGCUCCUCCCAGGAGCUCCACUACGUCACCACCGACUCCAGCGGGCGGCCGGUCGUCGCCGCCUUGCCCAACGGAAGGCAGGGCGACCCGGCCACCGGGAUGCUGCAGCCGGAGUUGGUGAGCGUGCCGCUGAUCAAGGGACCGGGCGGAUUCGGCUUCGCUAUCGCCGACUGCCCGCUGGGCCAGAAGGUGAAGAUGAUCUUGGACGCCCAGUGGUGCCGUGGCCUUCAGAAAGGGGACGUCAUCAAGGAGAUCAACAGGGAGAAUGUGCAAACUCUGAGCCACGCACAAGUGGUAGACAUCCUCAAAGACUUCCCCGUAGGGAGUGAGGUCAACGUGGUCGUGCUGCGUGGAGGUCAAACGUCGCCCGUGAAGAGUCUCAAGCCUAGGCAAGACAUGACGGCCAGCACGGAGACAUUGAACGCCAUGGGCGAUUCGGCUCCCCAGGCGCUGCCUUACCACUCUAACACGAGCACCCUGCGCGCUGCCAACGACUCACCCAAACGAGAUGCCACCGAGUUGUACCUGAAAUCCAAAGCCCUGCUGGACAGCAGACAGCCUCACACCAAAGAUAUCGAUGUGUUCCUCAAGAGGGACAUAGAGACGGGCUUUGGCUUCCGUGUUCUGGGUGGAGAAGGUCCUCAGCAGCCAAACGUGUUCCCCCAGGUGUACAUCGGGGCCAUCGUGCCCAACGGCGCGGCAGAAAAGGACGGCCGCCUUCGAGCCGGGGACGAGCUCAUCGGUAUUGACGGCGUGAUUGUGAAGGGCCGCUCGCACAAGCAGGUGUUGGACCUCAUGACUAACGCUGCCCGUAACGGUCAAGUCAUGCUGACCGUACGCAGGAAGGUCAUCUAUCGAGACGCGACAGAUGAGGAGGUUCAGGAGAUGACGCCGACGCUGGUCAACGGCUCCCCCAAACUACCUCGGUUGCCCAUGCCCAGCGCCCUGGAUCACGAGUCCUUCGACAUCACGCUGCACCGCAAAGACUCAGAGGGCUUCGGAUUCGUCAUCCUCACAUCCAAGAGCAGACCCCCAUACGGAGUGAUCCCUCACAAAAUCGGCCGCAUCAUCGAAGGCAGCCCGACAGACCGCUGCGGCCUGCUCCACGUGGGCGACCGCAUCUCGGCCGUCAACGGUCGCUCCAUCCUGGAGCUCUCUCACAACGACAUCGUCCAACUGAUCAAGGACGCCGGCAACGUGGUGACACUCACUGUAGUGCCCGAGGAUGAGUACAAGGGUCCUCCUUCUGGUGCCAGCUCCGCUCGACAGAGUCCAGCUCUUCAGCAUCGAGCUAUCGGACAACGCUCGGCUCUACAGGAUGAACGCUAUAACUUGGACAUGGAGGACAAACGAGAUGGCGUCUCUUGGUCUGAACACAAAAAUAUCCCAGUGGAGCAGGGGGCUCUGUGUGUGACCGGACCCAACCAGGGCUGUCUGACUGUCGAGUUGGACAGGAGCCCCAGAGGCUUCGGCUUUAGCCUGCGAGGGGGGACCGAGUACAACAUGGGUCUGUACAUCUUGAGACUGGCCGAGGAUGGCCCCGCCCUGCUGGACGGAAGGAUCCACGUCGGAGACGAGAUUGUGGAGAUCAAUGGCGAGCCGGCCCGGGGUAUUUCGCAUACGCGUGCCAUUGAGCUGAUCCAAGCAGGAGGAAGCAAAGUGGCGCUGCUGCUCCGACCUGGCGCUGGCUUGACUCAAGAUGGCAGUCAAAAACACAUUUCUCCCUCCAGCGCCACCAGAGAGGUGUUUUUUUCGGACACAUCACCCUUGUCCUCUCCAUACCUCACCGGGGCUUCCACUCUCGCCACCAUUCCUUACUCUGGCGGUCCAAAGCACCGCCGGAGUGGCAUAUCCUCGUCGCGAGGGCUGCCGAGUUUGAGCUCGGUGGAAGAGCGGGACGAAUGGCGGGACGCCGAGACUGCGCCGGGAAAGAUGACGAGCGGCCCGAAAGCAGGGGAGACUUUAUUCCAAGCCAAAGACGAGCCUCGCGGGGCCAGACGUACUCAGAGCCGCGCGCACGUAGCAAAUCGCAGCGAGAACAGGGCCACUCGAACACGGUCGGCCAGUUUCGGGGAAAGGGCUCGGCCUAUUCGCAGACACAAAGAAUCAAGGAGCAGCGACAGCAAAGUCGCUCUGAGGUCAGGACCGAGCCUCGAUACGGCCAGACAAUCCAACGGCUGCAGAGCAAACCAGAGACACUCCAUCCACGGAGACAUCAACAUGAGGCAGAGCGCAGAGAACUGGAAGAGCCAGGUGGAACCCAUGACCUCCAGGACUGCCAGGAGCCCUGCCAGGGGCCCGCCCAUUAGCCCUGGGGAAUGGAAAGUUCCCAGCCAAGCAAGAAUCCUCUCCCAGGAUGAGGUCCUGAAACACCCUUUUUGGUAGGAGAACGUGCCGAGUCUUCGGUUCUGAGCGCUUCCAGAAAGAGUGCUACACUUUUAUAACCCUUUGCUUGUCCAUUUGGGGAGCGGGGGUGCACCGGUGGCACGUAGCAGCCUCUAUCUAGCCUCCCCCCCCAUGGCCGCCCUGCCUCGACUCGCUGCUCUCGGUUAGGCAGAAGGUCUCGCCGUGUGAUUUUGUGCCAAUCGCAUCCAUCCACCCCAUUAUGCAAGGCAAGUCGGGGAAGUUGACUGAGGAAUAUUUUUCUAUCUCGCAUGCAGUUCAUCCUUCUUUUUGACACAGCAGAAGACAAGUUCUUCAUCAUCCCGCAUUCAACUCCAGACUGUUCACUCUCUUCCUUAAGCAUCCUUCAAAUGACCAGAAACUUGUGCUUUUUGCUUUACUGAGCGUACAGAACAACAGCAAUGAUAAGAAUGGACUCUCGGGGGUGCUCGGUUUAUGACAAGGUUCCUCCCCUACGGCGGAAAUAUGACCUGAAAUGACAGUAGGACCAUCUCAAGUGCGACUCCACUUCAAAAGCAGCAUUAUGAUUCCCAUUAAAAUAGAAAAAGUUCAUGAAAUAGAAACAGCUCUUUUUUUUUUCUCCGUUUAGAAUCAAAUGGAGAAUAGUUAAGAACCGGAAUGGUCCAAAUUGAAACCUUGCCCAAUCCGAGCUCCCAGGUCAUAUACUUCCGCUUUGUAACCCGGGAAUGUUGUGGCCGUCGUAAACCAAGGACUCCCUUUCUAUGUACAUGUAGCCAUUCCAUGUUUUUAAGAGCCCCAUUUCGGUGUGGUCCCAUGUUCUCCCACUUGGGGAUCUAUGUGUACGUCAUGACACUUAGAGGUCACCGCCGUACCCAAUGUGUGCAGUCGCUUGUGAAUUGUAAUAUAGAUAUUUAUACAUAUAUAGAUAUGAAUGUUACGUCAUGUUUUGCAGGAAAUAUGUAUCUACUAAAGUCAACCGCACUGCGUCCGUCCGUCCGUCCCCACCUGUAGCAUAACAGAUUGAUGAUAUUUAACCUUGUGUGAUUUGUCGCCAAAUGUUCUGUGUUAAGGCCGAGGCGACAUUUUAUAGAAGAACUUGCGAGUCAUGUCGCUGCCUGCUGACGAGAGGAGAGGAGAGAAAAGACGAGGUGUGCUGCUUUCUGACUUUUUGUCACUGACGCAACUUAUGGCUUUACUGUGGACACUUACUUGCUUUGUCUUUAUUUUAUGCUGUAAAGUGUACCAAACGUUAGUUGACGGAUUUAAGGUAGAUUAAGCUUUUGUCAGCUUUUGUUUUUAUUCCCAAAUCAUCUGUGCAUCUGUCUCUCUUUCUCUCGCUCUCUCUCUCUCCCUCUCUCGCACAACCAAUAAUUAUGAUAUUACUAAUAUUAACAUAACAUAUUAACAUAAAGCACAAUUCUGGUUCCUGCAAAAUUUCUCAAUGAGAAGAUUAUAAAGCGUGUGCAAUAGCUCUAAAGUCUAUACAUUAUAUUAACUAUUCUAUAUUCAGAAUUGUAACUUUCUGAAGGCUCACGUAAAUCCAUCCCUCCAUCAUCUGACAGAAAUGGUCAGAAAUAAAGCUGAAAUGUUUAUUAGGUUUUUAAAAUGUAUUAUGGUAAAAAAAAAAUAGUUGUUGAAAAAAAAUCUCAUGCUUUAGUAUUCUGUGCUGACCUUUCAUCUAAAUGAUGACUUCAUAAAGAACAACAUCAGGAUUAUUUUUAGAUGUUUUAUUUUUAUAUUAUUUAUUCAGAGAACCUUUGACUUUGAAGUCAGUCUUUUAAGUGUAAUAUUUGUCUUGUGUUUUUGUUGAACUGACUCCACGCUGAGUUUGAAGAUUAUGGUAUUCAGGUGAGCUCAGGGAACAUAGCGUUGUAGCAAACAGAAGAUCAUGCGGUGUCAAAACUGCCGAGCGGGAGUUUUUGUGCAAUAUAGUGAGCGAGGGCAGUUCAACCGGAAAACACGAUUUCUUUUUGUGUUGAGCUCUUUAUUUUCAUCAUCAUUGUAUCAUGCUGUGGCCUUGCAUCGCUUUCGUAGGGGAAAAAAAAAGAAAAAACAAUAUGUGUGCUUCUCUUCUACAUGGCGUAGGAAACAUAGAGAUGUAAAUGUUUGUACAUUGUACAGCACCUUUCUAAAUAUUCGCUCGGCGUUCUUUUGGGGAGGGGUGGGUAGGUAAAUAAAACAGAGGUCUAUUCAUGAAAUUGCCCCAUUAUUUUUUAUAUAUUGAAAAAAAAGGAAGAACAUUGAUUGAAAAAGAAUCUUGACGUGGUGUUAUGUUCAUGCACUGAAUAAUAAAGUUUUCUGGAAACAUC